CUCACACUCACACACACACAUACACAUACACACACAUCGGGGUCACUCUACUUCCCAGGCAGCGGACUGGUUUGUCUCCCGCACCUCCUGAACACAGCACAUGAGCAGUCUGAGGGACGUCAGCAGACCUUCUCCUACCUGUGCACCUUCAGCGUGCGUCAAAGGAACUCCGCUCUUUCUUUGUCUGUUUGUUUGAUCCGCGCUUCUCUGCCAGCUGCUUUUGGAUUACGGAGAAUAACAAGCGGCGUGGUCUCGUAACUCUCGAAGCCAUGGAAUUAUGGAUAAAGUUGAUGUUGCUGUACAGCUGCUGCUUUGGAGCAAGUGCAGACUUUGACGGCAGGUGGCCGCGGCAGAUGGCCUCAUCCAAUGGCCUGUGUCGAUACGGGGCCAGGGUGGACUGCUGCUGGGGAUGGACGCGCCGCUCCUGGGGUCACUGCCAGCCUCUCUUCGCCUUAACUCACAGAGUAGUCGGGAUAAGGUGCCAGCCCCAAGCUGUGUGCCAGCCAGGAUGUAAGCACGGAGACUGCGUGGGACCCAAUAAGUGCAAGUGCCACCCCGGCUUCACUGGCAAGACCUGCAAUCAAGACCUGAAUGAGUGCGGGCUGAAGCCGAGGCCUUGUAAACACAGGUGCAUGAACACAUAUGGGAGUUACAAGUGCUACUGCCUGAACGGCUACAUGCUGAUGCCUGACGGGACCUGUGGAAAUGCCCGCACUUGUGGCAUGGCCAACUGCCAGUACGGCUGCGAGGUGCUGAAGGGAGAGGUUCGGUGUCAGUGCCCGUCACCGGGGCUACAACUGGCUCCAGAUGGAAGAACCUGUGUGGAUGUGGAUGAGUGUGCAGCAGGAAUAGCUGUGUGUCCCAGGUUCAGGAAAUGCAUCAACACCUUUGGUAGCUACAUCUGCAAGUGCCAUGAGGGGUUUGACCUGCAAUAUAUCAAUGGGAAAUACCAAUGCAUAGACGUGGAUGAGUGCUCUUUAGGUCAAAGCCACUGCAGCAGCUUUGCCACCUGCUACAACACGCCGGGCUCAUACAAGUGCAAAUGCAAAGACGGCUUCAGGGGGAUGGGCCACGACUGCAAACCCAUUCCUAAGGUGGUUAUUGACCCCCCGAGACCAGGCAAGCUGCCUCCAAACCAUCACAACCACAUCCCUGACUUGGAUCAGAGGAGGACAACCACCACCACUUCCACCACUACCCGCCGCCCACCAGUGAAUCCAAAGAGAAUCUUCCCCUUUAUCCCCAAAUCCACGACUGCCACCACUACCACAACAGCAACAACAACCACAACCACAACCAUGACCAAGGCACCUCUGCCACCAAAGAGGGUCACCCCACCUCCACGCAAGCCUUCAGUUCCCACCCAGAAGCCCUUCAUCCCCACAAGGAAGCCACCAAUACCCACACGCAAGCCCUACGUCCCACCAAGGCCAGUAGCUCCCACCAGACGCCCCGCAACGCCACCACCCAUCACCCCUGUAGACAACACCAUCCAGAAGGAGGUCACCAAGCAGAGAGGGGACGUCCACAUCCCUCGGAACCACGGACACAACACCGUUCUCGGGAUCGACUUUGACAUUGAGCUCGGCAACACGGCAGAUGAAGCCAAAGACGACCCAGAGUCGGGGUAUCUGAGCUGCUCCUUUGAUGAUGGUCUUUGUGGCUGGAUCAGGGACAAAGACGGAGACCUGCACUGGGAGACGACGCCUGAUCCGUCAGGUGGACGGUACCUCACCAUUCCUGACGUUGGAAACAAGAGAAGUGGACGAGGGGCCCGGCUGGUCCUCCCACUCACCCCUCCCUGGAAUGACGGCAAUCUGUGCCUGUCGUUCCGGCACAAACUGGCAGGCCACCAUGUGGGCAUGCUGCAAGUGUUUGUGAAGAAGGGGAAGCAGUACAGUCCAGCAGUGUGGGGCCGGACAGGUGGAAAUGGCUGGAGGCACACCCAAAUCACAUUAUGGGGCACAGGUCUUGAAAGUGUGAUCCUGAAGGGGGAGCGUGGGCGAGGCAGGAGCGGCGAGAUGGCCGUGGACGACAUCACCCUGAGGAAAGGCUCCUGCACAGAGGAGCACAAUCUGAGAAGACUCUAACUGACAGAGCAGGGAAAAAAAAGGCAGAAAGAAAACAAGAGGGAAAAAUCAUCUCAAAGAGAACUGACUCUGUUUUGACACCCCCUCACUCUGCCUGGGCUCUUGCCGAUCCCUCCCCCAACCCAGACCUCCUCCCGAGCCAUCCUGUGAACGAUAUUCUAAAAAUUGUGCGUCUGCAGAACAGUGGGUUUCUCUUUCUCGGCGCUGCCCAUGAAUAAAAGGACUGAACCAAAUCUCAUGGGCGGAUCCCAGCAGCACACUCCUGUCUUCUCAGCCUCCCUCUCACUCCAUCACCUUGUUACUAUGAAACCUGCAUGUACCUACUUACCAUGGAAAUGUCCUCCACCUAACACAGCCCUGGCAGCCUUCCAGCCACACAGUUGCUUCAUUUCUUCCUGGAGAGAGGAUCAUUCCCUCACUUAGGAGUCUCCUUUUUCCUUGCUUUGAUCCUUUACACCACAAGCCAUUGCUUUUUAUUUGCUUGAUGUUAAAACAUGUUGCUAGGGGUGCAUUUUGUAAUUGUUUUAAUCAGUGAAAUAUCAGAAGUGGUAUACAUUUCUUUGAAGGUUAGAGAUAAAAUACUAUGUAAAAGACAAACUGUCAUUAUUUGGUGCUAAUCCGGAUUACUCCAAAUCUGAGUCAGAGCCAGUUUAGGCCUGCCUUUGUUGGUCUACUUUGAGUUUUUGGUAUUGCUAUUGUUGUAUAGCACAGUUUUGACUGAAACAGCGCUUUUCUUUUGUUGUCACAGUAUUUCAAAGAUCGGUUUGGCUGAAGAGAGUUUGAAAAAAUAAAAGCACUUUUUCUGCCCCGAUCUUUUAUUGAAGCCUCCUAAAGUUGUUUAAACACUCCACAGUCAUGUUUUUCAGAUACUUGAAAUGUGUCAGACAGAAUCAGUGUUCGAUUUGUGACACUAGCAAAUCAACAGUUACUUUCUAUUAUACAGUAUGUGCUUUGUUAUAUUAAGUGCAGUUUGUUAUAACGACGACAACACCAACAACUUUUUAGGCUUUCACGAAUUGUAUUAUUGUAAAUGUAGUUGCGUGUACAUACUCAAAAUCAAUGAUCCCAUUUGUUGUGUGGUUUAUACAUUAUGUUAAUUCAUACAUGAUUAUUAAUUGGAUUUCGAAAUGGUUGGUAUUUCAGCUUUUAAUUAAAGAACAUGUAUACCGAUUGAAACCUUUUGUAGUGCAAGGCAGUGUUUAAAGUGCACAAAAUGUGUAUGUUCAUGUGUUAUGGUAUAAUGCUCUGUCUGUAACUUGCAAAGCACAUAGUUGCGUAUUGUAUGCUGUGAUAAUGAAGGGCAGCGGCUGGAAUUUAGAGGUUUUCUGUAUACAUAGGUGCAUUCGCCAAGUUCAAAUUUAUCCAGACCAGUAUGUAAAUAAAAUACAUUUGACUGA